AGUCGCCGCUCGUCCUCCACGUUGGAAGGACGUCGUGCGCGUCUGUUUUCCGUCGAUAUUAUAUCUAAAAGAACUCGUCUAAUCUUUUGGCAAGCUGACGUACUUCUUUCAGUUAGUGUUUAUCAAAGAAAAGUGGUCUAGUGCAGUGAACUAAAUCUUAAGAUGUGGCAAUUAUAAGUGAAGUGUUGCUAUGAAUGCAGAAUUAAAUAAAUGAACGAACGAGGCGAAGUUGUGUCGACAAGGAAGAGACAAAUGGAAAGAUAGUGUUGGGAUAACGUGAUCUCAUGAACAGCGGUACGUAAAUUUCGAUCUUCUUAAGAUCGAAAAUCCGAUUAUGGGACAUGAGCAACGAGCACGAUCCGCGAGUGUCUGGGAAAUUUGAACGUAAGUUAGACGGUGCUUCAUGUGCAGAAGCAAGCUAUCAAGGUCAAAGGAAGGUAGGCCAUUCUUCGAGAACGAUUGACACAGUUCAAAAUGUGUUGGAUCGAGAGCCGGUUAAAAACUUGUCGGAAGUUGGCGUGCGAGAAAGAAUCGGUGAGCCAGCAAAGUAUUCCCAGAGCGCGACGGAGACGGAUUCCCAGAAAGACUCGUCUUGGCAGACAAUCCAAGUUUCUCACGAUGGUUUUCUUCCAAGGAGCAGCGAAAGUUGCUCGGAAUGUAUCGGCGGCGAAGCAGGAAAUCUUGCGUGGAAAACAAAGGGAAACGUCGCGGAACACCGUGAUUUACAGGCCGUUUGGAAUUUGAAAGCGACUUCGUCGAAAAGCGGCGAGGACAGGCAGCUGAUAUUGGGGAUAAACGAAAAUCUGCCGGCAGAUUUGAAAGAAAAAUACUUCUGGCGACCGGAAGCAAGCAAUUCGCAGAAAAUGAGCGAAUAUUUUUUCACUGAUUCGAAGGAACGUUCUCGGACUAAUAACCGAGCGAGUUCCAUAGGGACAGGCGACUCGCAAAGUCGCUGCAAGUCGAGAGAUCGUGAGAAUCAUCAGUGGAAAUUGCAAACCAGUUCUCCUUUAGCCCGAAAUCCCACAUUCGCGAAUUUGGCGUUGGACGUGUCUUACGCAGGGUUGGACAUCUCUGGUUUCCUGGAUACGGAAUCCUCCAGGAGGCUUGAAACUGAUCCACCCGAGUUCUGGGAAGACUUCAGUGUGGUCGAGUGCCUGGAGAACAAAUUGUCGUCGUACGACGAAAGUACGCCAGAAGAACGGGUGGAGGCGCUGAAGGAGGUUUUGGCGGAGACCGAUAUACACGAAGGCGAUGGAAUCGUGUCAGACUUUCUGUUUCACGUUGCCAGAACGAAAUAUGGCAAGAUAUAUAUCAGGGUUAUCAGAACAUUGCUCCUUAAUCGAGUUUUAUGUAGCAACCGGGUGAGCCAAAUGACCAAGACCUAUAAUGACAUAGAAGCAGUUACAAGGCUUCUGGAGGAGAAAGAAAAGGACUUGGAACUAACCGCACGUAUCGGUAAAGAACUUCUAUCGCACAAUCAAAAACUCGAAGCCACAGUUACCAGUUUAGAGACCGAUUUAAAGGAAGCCAAUGAAAAUAUUACCCAACUCACGCACGAACUUGCAAAAAAGACAGAAUUAAUCCAAAUAUUAACAAAUGAUGUCGAAGAAUCAAGUUCCGAAGCCGGUUCGCCCACCGGACUUCGCAGUAUCAACCUUGACAUGAUGCAGAAAAAGAUCAGCUGCCUCGAGGAUGAAAAUAAGCAAUUAAGAGCUGAAUUCGCGAAAUUGAUGCACGAUGCCGACAAUUCGGAGGAACAAGAAGCAAAACUUGUCAAAGAUAUUGCCGCUCAACUCGCAACUGCAAAUAUGGAGGUAGAUGGAAUAUCGGAUGAGCUUGAUAAACAGAAGGAAGAAAAUCGAUUACAACACGAACAAAUUGUCAAUUUGACAGAAAAAUUAGCUAAAACAGAACUGAGAUUGGCGCAGUUGAUGGCUGAGCAUGAUGAAAUGAGCGCUACUUUGCACAUUACCAAGGAUAAUCAAAACACUCUAGCGAACGAGUUGGCUGAAUUCAAAGAACGAUAUGCUGAGGUGAUAAAUUUAUUGACGGAAACUCAAGAACAAUUACGAAAACAAAGACAUAGAAGUAUGCCAACUGUUAGGGGAGGCUCUUUGUUCCCUUCGAUGGGUGCUGUUCCACAAGCAGACUCCAUUGCUUCAGAAUUGGAAUCAUCGCUUUAUUCUGAAUUCAGUUUGGAUUCUGGCAUCAUUUCAGAUAGAAUACCAACAUAUAAGAAAGUUUUUGAAACAGUGAGGAGCGCAUCAAGAAAUACAUCUUAUCCAGCUGAUGCAAAUCAAUUCCCGCGAAUAGGUUCAAUGACAGUAUCAACUCUAUCAAGCAGUUCUACUGGGCCACGAAUGAGUUGUGGUCAGGCUCGACCUGUGGCAUCAAUUCCUGCUGCGGAUUCCACUGGACAAAGCGAUUCGGAAGAGUUUGAAGAUUACCCAGGUCCACAAAAAAUAGGAGUGCCAGGUGCUCCUGGUGCAGCAGAUUUGGAAGUAGCACUUCGUAGAUUAACACCUGCAGAAGUUCUUACAAGGCGUGCUUGUCUCAGCACUGGAACAGGAUAUAGCUAUGACUAUGAUGCUGGAAUGCAUUCACCUUCCACUUCCGUACCUCAUGGUUGUAGAACUCCAGACAGUAUUAUGUCUACGGGAAGUAGUGGAAAUUUAAGUGGCUAUGGUGGAAAUACUUGGAGAGUUCCUGAGAAGUUACAAAUAGUGAAACCUAUUGAAGGCUCUCAAACUUUACAUCAUUGGACUCGAUUAGCUACACCUACACUAGGUGGUCUUUUAGAAGAACGGCCAGGAGUAAAAACAAGAGGAGGUCGAGGCCUGGAGGAUUUAGGUCUAGUUACUUUCACUUUAAGCGAUCUUGAAGAAGAUGAAGAAUACUCUAACCCUGGAAAAAUUUUUCAAGAUACAGGUUCCAUAUAUACAUUCACCAAUAGUACUGUUCUUCAUCCUGAUGAUCACAGAAAUGUCACUCCUAGUAUUGUGGAUAGUACUGUCGAAACAGCACCUAGUAGUGCUUUAAAUUCUGGUAUGAGUACUCCAAGCACGUUAAGCAGAAAAAAUUCAACUUCAACUUCAACAUUCUCAACAACCUUUGGACUUGCAAAAAUGUUAAACGAAAGAGGUAUAAAAGCUGCAUCACCUACUUCAUUAACGCCGAGUGGAGAGAGGAAUUAUACGCCCACUGCAACACCUUGCAAUAGUCCUGAUGCUAGUCCUCCAGAUAGUCGCUCUAGUACACCAACUCCAGAAGGUAGACUUUCUUUAGGGUUACUAUCCAGUGGUGCUGAAUUGUUAAAGAGAACAUUCGGUGGAGAAACUCAGGCAAAGAGGAAACGACACGAAUUAUCCAGAUCAGAUAAAAAAGCUCUUACCAGUAUCCGUUUAGUUGAGAAACUUGAAAGAAUAGGCAUUGACACAAUAAUGGCUUCAACAUAUGGUUCAUCUUUCUCCCCAUUAGUGUUACAAGGUUCUUUAUACACCAGGCAUGCUACUGCAAGCCCUAUGGCUCAGUUAACUUUCCUGAGAAACUCCAUGCGUGGAAACCAAGAGAAACUUUCACCUUCUUCCACUGCUAGUGAUUCCUCGACGACAAAACGAAAUAUAAUUGACAAAAAACAAGACGAGUUUACAUCAAACAGGGAAUCUAGACAAAAAAGAACUUGUGCUAGGGCCAUGAGAUCUGAUCUCGGACAGGUUACAUCUGCUGCAGUCCCUGUUUCGACUGCAAAAGAAUCUCCUGCGCAAUCCGCUUUGGGAAGUAUUAGCUCGCUGCUGUUUGGACGAAAGGGUGGAUUACUUUGAAACCAUUGUUUAUUGAGUAUUGACUAAAUUAUAAAGGAACAGCCAGAUAAGUUUUUAACAGAACGUAAUAUACGAUUGUCGGAGCAGUGAUAAAAUGAACAAUUUACUUCAUUUCAUCUAUAUCACAGUUGUUUUAUCAAAUAAUGUCGAUAAAAAUCUUUAUUUUAUUCACAGACAUUUCACGAUGUAGCUAAAGAGAAUACAAAAUUUAAUUUUUAAUGUACCAAAAAAAAAAAAAAAAAAAAAAAAAAAAAAAAAAAAAGAAGAGAAAAAGAAACCAAGUUAAAUAUCAUACACAAGCUUAUGUACCAUUAGUUAUGCGUUCUAAUAUUAAUCCUUUGCACUCGAGAACUUUUUUAGUCAGGCGAAGUAGCAAUUCGAGAUGAUUUAGCGCAUAUGUGACACGUAUCUUAUGCUAGUGUAAAAUGAGUUUAUACACUAAUUGAUGUACAAAAACAUUAUAUUCUAAUAAUUUAUGCAUAUUUACAUCUUUGAAAAUAUGAUUUUGUAAUAUUAAUUUCUGUAUGUCUUUGUAUCGUAAUUUAUGAAGUAUUCACUAAGGUGCAUUCUUGAAUAAAAUUGAUCUCAUUUCUCAAUAGCUCAAAAUGAAGUUCGUCUUCAUUUGAGCUAAUUUCACUUCUGAAAACCAUUUUUUAGGACUUCUAAACUAUAAUAUUUUUGCCAUGGUCGUCGAAUUCGAAUUAACGUCGGAGACGUUUAUAGAAUCAUAGUUUCGGAGGAAUUUGGGAUUAAAUAUUUUAUCUCCAUUUUAAAGUGUAAUUCUUUACACUUUCUAACAAAGAAUAUAAAGAGCUAACGAACCUAUUUAUGAACUAAUACUGCGAUCUCAUUAAUUGGAUAUGUCGAAAUCUAGCAUAAACAGGAACUGUCGUCUCUCACUCGUCACUCGAGUUGCCACACGAAACUCCAUGGCGAACCGAAAAUCGCCUCUUGAGUGCAAAGGGUUAAAAUUAGAAGUAAAUUGAAUAUGCUUUUAUUUUAUAAUAGUAUUUUAUAAAGAACAGAAUAAUACGUGCGUUUACACUAUAAAGAUACAUAUUUAGUAUCAAGCUUGAGAAUCUGAUAUUACUUAAUAUUAUUCUUCUUUUGUACUCACUGUAAUGUUAUUGUUGGACACUAAUUGACAAUAUCUUUAUUUACAAUUUCUGUGAAAUAUUGUGAAGUAUCACAUUGCUGGCCAGUACUAUUUAAAUUAACUUAACAUUCCUACAUUAGCUAUUUUUUUCGCUUUUCUUUUUAAGUUUCACUUUUGAUACUAAAUCCUUCUUCUGCGUGAAUAUUGAGAAAUAUUUGAAAUAUUAUUUGUUUAAAUUAUAAAUUUAUAACUCAAUAUUUUUAAAUAUUUGCAUGGAAAGCUAUUACAUGAAAAACGAUGUAACGUAUUCCUAAAAUUACAGUAUUAUACUCGAUUAUGUAAAUAUUUAAUUUAAAGCUUUUAAAUGAUCAUUUUAUCAACGCUCCGACAUAUUGUAAUUACGAAAAUAAUUGAGAACCUCCAUAUCUUAAUUUUACACAGCAGCUAUUUUACGUUGAUUAGAUUAGUUCUUAAAUGAUUUGUUGUACAUAACUAAUUCAUAUGUGGAAAAGAAAAAUGUUACUUAAUCGAAGAACAAACCAAAAACUUGUAAAUGAUUAUUUUUGGUAUCCAUUAUUAUGUGAAUAUCAAUGUAGAGGCGCGUGCGAAAAAAGUAAUUUGAAAUUAUUAAUUUACACAUAUAUGAAAACCAAAUGGGUAUUAGGGAGGUGUAUUAUGUGAAUUAAUUUACAUUGUAUAGAGAAUAAUAGCAUAUUGUAGCUAAUACUUAAAGUGACUUAGAACGUUGCAAUCAUGUAAUACGAAAUGUUACAUUACUCAAUGCAAUUUUUAUCAGUAAUGACAUUUCUUGUUACCAUUGAAAUAGUCGAAACAUAUUUUUUAUGUAAAAUCUUUUUUAAUGUUGUGCAUUAUUUUUUCUUUUUUUUUUUUUUAGUUAGAGUAAUAUUCUUCAUUUUUAAGAUUAUUUGAAUCAAAAUUGAUUCGUUUCAGCCGCGUCACUUUGAUAUAUUUAUUUAUCUUUUAUGCCAAAGUGUCCAAAAAAAGAGAAAAAACGAGACAGUUACCAAAAAAAUGCAAGGCCAAUAAUGCACGUAAAAGGAUAUAAAUGACUUCAUAUAUGAUAACAUGAUAAAACAAAAUUAAUUUAUAACAUAAUGAUUCAGAUUGCGACAAGUAAAUAUGAUCACACUAAUUACUGUUAAAAAAAAAGAGUAAAAGUCGCAGUGAAUUUUCUAAGUGGAGCACAAUUUUUAAGAGCAGAAUUUUUCAGGUGCUUUAAAUAGUAUCAAUUUCGUUUAAUUAGCUUAAGAAAUUUUAUCGUUAAUUGAUCAAUUAUAUUUAAGAUUAAUUAGUUAAUUGUGUCACUACUGUCGGUCUUUAACAAAAAGACCUUACAAUUAGUACCGAUGAUUAAUUAAUUAGUCAUUCCGUAUUCGUCGAUUGAUUGAUGGGUUGUCAUUAUGAAAUAACCACGAAAAAUUUUUGUAUUCCUUCAUUAAUUCUUUAUUCAAUAAUAAUUACUUGUACAUAAUUAAUAAUGAAUUGACUAUUGCCUAAUUCACAGGUUAUGUUCAUUAUAUUGAUUGAAAGCAGUACAAAGAAAGAAUGAUUAUCUUGAAUUUGUAUUUCUUUCCCUUUGUAAAAAUGCGGAGAUGAAUUGUCCAAUAAUUAAUCGAUCGAUAAUUGAUCAAUUAUUUUUGUAAAUAAUAAUCUGCAUUGUUCUUUCGUUUUGUCUCUCUUUUUUUAAUCUAUUAUGGUUAAAAAAAUUGAUUGCAAUGUAUUGCGUGAGUUUGAUGGUGAAAUGCAAUUUUACUAGUAAAUGGACUUCUAUCUUGUAUCAUAGGAAGGAUUAUUUAGCAGGCGCAGUCUUGUACAUAGAGGAAUACAGAUUAAUAAAUUAAAUUGAAAAAGAA